AUAAUCCAUUCUUGUUCCAGCUCUAUAUUCGACUAUUUUCCACACGUAAUUUCGGAAUAUACGAGAAAAAAGCGAUUUUGACAUUGACCUAACGGCAAAAGAGACUCUACCACGGCUUUCUGAUGGACGAAGACUCUGCUCUGAAGCAGCCGGUGGUGGACUUGCGUCUGGGCAACGCGGCCGACAUUCCCCCGGGUCCACCCGGCGUCGAAGAGAAAAGCGGAAACGAGAAGAGUGACUCGAGGAGCAGUGCAUCGGGAAAGGGUAUCAAGUCAAGUUCCAGGCGUCGAUCUCAAUCCCGUGGUCGUUCCGAUUCCCGAAACGCCGCCUCGCCCCCAAACACGCGGCGACGGCGCUCCGUGUCCCGCUCACCGACUCCCCCGCGCCGCGGACGUUAUGACUCGCCCGACUACGGUCGCUAUCCACGACGCCGCUUUGACCGCGACCGUCACCGCUCCCCGGACCGCAGACCUGCCCGUCGAGGGCGCCGCUACGGACGUUCUCGCACACGCAGCGUCUCGCCUCGUCGUGGAGGUCGUUGGUCGCCCAAAAAGAAGCCAGCAUCGCCUCCUCUUCCCCCGUCGCAAAGAGUACCGCCUCAGCAAAUGCCUCCCGGCUACAAUGUCAUGGCCCCGCAAAUGUACGCUACCUACGGCGCUCCACCCGAUGUAUAUGGCCACCAGUACGGAAUGCCGCCUAAUGCCUUUCCGCCUCAGGGACCGAGUUACGGCAUGCCAGGACCUCCGCCCGAACAGUCUGCUUUUGGAGCCGACUACGGUCCACCCGCAGGCGCUUGGGGCGUAAAUGAAUAUGGCCAGCAGGUCUGGAUGACACAGCCCAUGGCUGGAAUGCAGCCACCUGCUCCGGACGCCCUAGCCCAGCCACAUCAGGCUCGCGAAACUCCGCCGGACAAGCAGCUGGAGGAUGAGCAGAAAGGGCCAGCGCUUGAAAGCGCAGGUUUGGCGCCACAGGACGCCGUGGCUCAAGAAGCGGAGAAGCAGAAGGACGAGCUGAAGAAGCAGCGGGCCAACUACGUCAAGAAGGUAACGCUGCUGAAAAAGGAAAUGAAAGUGCUUAGGGAGCAGCGUGAAGAUCUGGCAGCAGGCGAAGCGCCGCCCUCUCCAACCACAAAGAAUUUCAUCGAAGAAAACGACCGCCUGCAGGUUCAAAUUAAGAAGAAACUAGACACAAUCGAAAACGUUAUUGACAUGCUUAACGGCAUAAUUGGCUAUGAAGACCUAGAAGAUGAACCUUCUAAGCCCAAGCUCCACGAGAAGUCUCAGACUGAACAGCAGGGUAGCCGGUCCCACUCCUCAAGCGAUAGUUCCGCUGACAGCUCGGACUCCACCUCAUCGUCUAGCAGUUCGUCCGAUUCAUCAUCCGAUGGCGAGGACGAGAUCGGCGGUACUGAGGGUAGUCCUACUAAUCGUCUUAAGCACCGCGCCAUGAAGUCGAUGAAGUCAAAUCAGCGACACGGUGAAACGAAGCCAGUACCAACUUCAGCACAAAAUUACAACUUUGUGUUUUUCGAUCCUGAACAGCAUUGGUGCGAGAGUUGUGGCGUUUUUCCAAAGUCCGCACGAGACUAUCUGAAGCAUUUGCAUGCAGAGGAACACAUGAAUCGCGAGACCAUAGAAACUCCCUGGCAUGUGGGCAUUGACCACGAUCCCUUUCCUACAUUUGAAAACGCGCCUGCCAAACGCGUCCCUGUGCGGGGCAUGCAGUUUCUGGUGCCGGCCAACGCUUGGUUCUGCAAGCUCUGCAGUGUUUGGAUUGGAGACUUGCACUGCGCUUCUGCUCAUCUCAAGUCCCGGCUACACUCAAACAAAUAUGAGCUAUUUUUAAGCCAGAGUCCCAACUAUGAAAUCGAAUGGCAGGCAAACCGUGAGCGGGCCAUGAAUCAACAAAAGGAGCACAAUGACUCUAAGAAUAAAAAGACCAAGAAAGACGAAGACAAGGCGUCAAAAAAACGCAAGAAAAAGAGCGGUGAGAGAAAGAAAAAGAAGGGUAAGCAUGGAAAGAAGAGCAAGCGAAGUACAGUCGACGCCAACAGCACAUCGUCAUCUUCUGAUAGCUCUUCCUCGGAAGAUGACAGGGCGCAGCAACCAAAGAAAGGGCGUACCGAGGAGCCAUCAAGUGGGCCAGCCGAAAGGGCAAAUGUUGCCGCGUCAAUACGCGUGACCAUGCGGAAACAAGAAAACCCCCAAACAUCUGUUAAGUCAGAAGUACCUCUCCAAUCUCUAGCUCCGCCGCCGCCUCCAAUCAUAAAGGAUUCUAUUAAUGCUUCUGGUCGGGGUAAAUGGACUUCUGCCAGUGGCGAAGAACUAAAGGAGGAUCAAAAAAAGCGGGACGAUGCCAUGCUGAAGCAAUGGAAUACCGUUCAGCCUGUAAUAAGUGAGAGUGAGAAAAAACUUUUGGAGCAGCUCAAAGGCAGGCUCAAGAAUAAAGGAAGUCGAGAUUCGGAGGACCGUAAAAUAAUACCGCAUGCAGCAUUCGCAAGUGAAGAGAAGUUAAAGCGAGCCGGAGGACGCCGUUCCCGAUCCCGUUCCAGAUCACGUUCCAAGCGGCGCAGCCACACCCGUAGCAUCAGUCGCGGACGGGACCGAGAUCGACGAGAUCGAGAGCGUGAUAGGGACCGUGGUCGCCGGCGUAGGUCGCGAAGCCGUGGCAGGCACUUUUCUCGUUCGCCCUUUAGAUCCAGCCGGAGAAGUCGUUCCCGAGAAGGUCGAAGUCGUCGUAGCCGUAGUCGCUCUGCAGAGCGGAUAGAACGCCCAGUCGUAAAGCAUUCCGAGUUUCGGCCCCGUACGGUUCCCGAACGCAAGCAAACGGAUAGUAAGCGCGACAAAAAGGAUGCAGAGAGCAAGUCAAAGUCGUCAAAGCCUAGUAGCAAUAGUUUACCUGGGGGAAAGAAGCUACCAUUUAUCGGCAAGAUGCCAGUAUUUAAAAAGCAGCCAGUUGCAGCUUCCAACUACGAAGCUGUUGCCGUCUACAGCAACGGUUGUUUAGAGGCACCACCUCCACCGCCUCCACCGUUGGGUGGAUCAACGGCUCGUCAGCCAGCGCCGACAGCGGCACAGAUUCAGAUGGCUAUGAUGGAAGAUGCCUUUGGCAAUGCUCCUCCAUUCCAUCCUGAUGCGGGUAUGAUGGUAGAUUACGACGAGCUGAUGCCAGAUCCCGUCCAAUUCGCCAACUUGAUGACAAAUUGUCCGCCUCCACCCCCCCCGGGAGAAGGCUCUGACGGGGAAGCCAAUGGUCCAGAGGAUAGCGAAAAGCUUGAAAACGAAAUCCAUGAGAAGGACGUCUUGCCUCCUGGCAUUGACGAAGCCGAAUCUGAUCCGAUAUCACGAUCGAUAGACGCAGAGGCUCAACCACGCGACGGCGAACUGCCAAAAGACCUGGCCGAAGCCCUUGACAUAAUAUUUCCUAGCGAAGGAGCGGCACUAGAGGCAUCAAAUGAAAGCAGUGGAAAAAAAAGUGAGCCUCAGACUAUAACCACUAUCGUUGAAGAUGAUGCAGUGCUUAGUGAGCAUAAUCUUCAAGACCUGGCCAAGCAGGGUAUUCAUCUCGUGACCAUUGAUGAGACGGAAGCGUCUAAUAAUUCUACAAUACGAAUUUCCAAAAAGGAUGAGGAUUCGCAGAUUCUAAAUGGAAAAAAUGGAGCCAACUUAAAACAGAUUGACGCAGAGGAUAUCCCAAUGCCAAGUUCCCCCCCAGCCUCUCCUCCAGUCGACGAUGAGAUGAAAAGCAAAGCCCUCAAAAAGCAAGCAGGCAUCUCAAGCAUACCACAGCCGCCGGUAUCGCCUUCAGACAGUGAGAAGAUUCGGCGGCAGGCGGAACUCGAUGAGUUAGCCAUGCUUGGGAUCGACAGCAGUGACAUGGCGGCACAAUAUGCGUUGUAAGAUUUGAGUUGACUUGGCCGCAGCAGACGGCAGCAGUGACGCCGCCUACGCAGUCGGACGGAUCAAAUGACAAGUCGAGCCCAUAAAAAAUGGAAACGUUUUAGAAUUUAGUUUGACCACUACGUAAGAGUGUC